AUUUGGCCAAUAGGGCACUUGUCAAGGGAUGCGGAGGAACCAGUGGGGGGAACGCGAAAGACACUCAACAGUCGUAACUAUUCUAUGGGGCGUAUCGUUUACAUCGCAUUCCUCAUUCCUUUACAUCAUUUUAAAGCUGAAGAAGGCACCGAAUGCAUGCUUCAUGAGCGGAUACACCAUAACACUUUACCCAGAGCGGAGUUUGUAUUUCUGAAAGGUAAAACGACGAAAACGUCUCUCCUUGCCGCUUCAUUUGUGAGUGCGGCAAAGCAAUGGGACGCAGACGUUGAAGAGCUCGUGAAGCCGCGACUGUUGUGAAGAUAAGUGGAGAGUUAAUUUGUGCCUUUUAACUUUUUAUUGUGAGUGUAUCAAGUGACAAUCUAACAAAUUGCAAGCGAUGUGCGGUUUUCACACCUUGGGCGUAUCACGGCAAAGAAUUUGCUGAACCUCGUUCAUUCUCCAGUGGAGCGGCCUGAAUGCGAGGGAAUGGAUUUGUUUGACUACUUUUUGACACACAUUUAAUUUAGAUACCCGCUACACAAAUCCAUAUGUUGAAGUCUUAUUUGGAUCAGUCUACAUCGAAAUGGCAAGUUUUGCCGGGUUUAUAAAGUGGACUGGGAGAUCAACGUGGUAUAUAUGCUGCGCGUUUGUCCUGUUCGGCUGUCUCUGCAUCGCGUCCCCUACUCAUGGUCGUCGGCUCAUCUGUUGGCAAGCCAUCAUGAAGUGUCAUGGAGAGUCUGAGUGCCACUACGCAUAUGACCAAUACCUUUACGCCUGUGCGCCUGUUAUCAACGGGGAUCGGAAGAAGUGUCCCAGCCACUGCAUCUCGUCCCUUAUUCAGCUGAAUCUAACCGAGACCGGCCCGUCUCUGGAGGACUGUGACUGCGCCUCGGACCCCGUCUGCCGGAGCACCAAACGCGCCAUCGAGCCGUGCCUGCCUCGGACAAGUAACAUGGGCUGCACCGAAGCCCGGCGGCAAUGCGAGAGAGACUCCCAAUGCAGUUCGGCAAUGCGCGACUAUUUGUUUCACUGCCGUAAACUUUUCGGAGGGGAGCGAUGUUCGGACGACUGCAGGAGGGUGAUUGCCAACAUGCGCAAUAUACCCAAAGCCCAACAACUUGAUACUUGUGUUUGUGAUGGCACAGAGAGGACCAUAUGCGAGUACGUCAAAGUUAGUAUGAAAAACUUUUGCUUUGACUCUAUGGACAGAUACGCGGGCAGCGGGUUGUCUGAUUCAGAGGACGACCCUGAAGAUGAUUAUGACGAGAUGGAGGAUUAUAUAUAUGUGGAAAACAAAAGUUUUUCAUCCAGAUCCGACUAUCGGGGUGUUGUAUGGACUGCCUCUGUGGCCACCAUUUUGGUUCUAAUGAAUCUUAUCUGAUAGGGCAGCCUACCCCAGUUGAUUCAGCUGUUGGGAAAGUUGUUUGAGAGAGUGGCCAGUGAAAUGUUGACACGGACAUAAUAGCUCCUGAAAGUUGUAACACCAGCACACCUGCUUUAGCAUAUACGUUUUGUGUAUGAAUGAUUUUUAUGGCCUUUGCUCUGCUAUCUAUCUUCACGGGGCUUCUUCUCAACAUUCCAUCUGGUCUCUGUCUCACUCUGUCUCUGUGCUGAUCUGCUAUGGGUCAGUAAUUUAGGUAAACACUUAUAUAUUUCAAAUGUAUCAUUUUUGGGGGGUGAAUCCAAAAGGUUUAUAGAUACAUUUCCAGACCGCUGUGCACCUCUAGGCUAUGUAAUAUUUGAACCAACCCUUGAAGAAUGUUAUACACCCAUUUCAUCAGCUCUUGCCUAUCAUCACAAAAUAGUCAAAAAAUGUGGAUAGACAAGUGAUUUGUUUACGCUGCUGUUUUCGAGACCGUAAUGAAAACGGCCGGAUUGAAAGCGUUCUCUUCGUAGUCACUUCGUUGUAAUGUGGAGAGAGACUCAUCAAGUGUUCAUCUUUUCUUAUGAGCUAGACAAUAGACAUAGGCAUACGUGUAAUUAUGAUGUCAUUUCAAUUCUAGUCAGUGGAUAAUGCAUUUGAUGCAAGCACCUGACAAUAGUUUGAUUGGUUGGUUAGCCUACAUUACUAGCCUACAUUACUUGUCACACACAUUUCCUUAAACUCAGUAUCAAUGUCAAGUUUUCAAAAAGUUUUAAGGGAGAUUAUUUUUUUAUAUGUCAAAAUCUGUAAAGUUAAAUUGUACAGUUUAUUGUAUGAUAUUGAUUUUGUUUCCAGAGAUAUUUGUUUAUUACUGCUAAGAAGAGAUUUGCACUGUAUAGAAAUGACGUGAAGUGCUUCACGGUGACUAUUGUAUAUUCUUUUGUGUCCACAGAGGUGAAAAUAUAAGUCUUCUUGCUUAAAGUGC